GGUAUUUUCUAAGCUCAACCAAUGACAACACGGCGAAGAUGCACAGACCUAUCUUCCUCUCGAUCUGGAAGGGAGCACUUAACGUGGGAAGCUACGGGGCAGUGGGAGCCCUGCCCCGGCACCGGGAAAUCGCUGUACUUCGAUUCCUUUUUUGGGGGAAACACAUUUUGGAGAGGUAGGGGUUGGAAUUUAAGGUCAUCAUCUGGCAUCAAGCGAAAGUCAUCCAACCAUUGUUGAAGCUGAUACUCUUCAGCCAGUAACCUAGAGAGGGAGAAUGUGUCCAGUGGGAGACAACGGUCUCCCUUUACCUGCACUAACAGUGUAGGUGAGAAGAGAGGAUUACAGACAAAGCCUCCGCACAUUUGCCACUGUGAGAGCACCAGGCUGUGAGCAUUAGCACUCAGUUCUCCAAGACCUCCUUGUGCAAAUACGCGGUCAAGUCAAGGAGCCACCAGCAACAGUGCGUUUUUUUUUUUUGUUUUUUUAAAAUCCAUUCUUAAACUGACAUUCCAGUAUGUUGCUCAUGGACACCCACAGCAUUGCGUUAUAAUGCACAAAUGGGUGCUGGAAAGGAAGGUGCCAAAUUUGCUCUCCGGACUGUGCCUGCACGUGGUGUUUCUCCUGGGCAGCAUGCCGCUGUCCCACGGUGACAGGACGCCGGAGGAACUGGCCGCCAUCAUGAACUGCUCCAAGCAGGACCGCAACGGCCGGAAUUACGACUACAUGGAGGGCGGCGAUGUGCGCAUCCGCCAACUUUUCAGUCGGACGCAGUGGUUCCUCACUAUCGACGACAAUGGCAGCAUCAACGGAACACAAGACCCCACAAACUGCUACAGUAUUCUGGAGAUUCGGACAGUCUCAGAGGGGGGCAUUCUGGCCAUCAAAGGGGUCAAAAGUCAGUUCUACAUCGCUAUGAACCGGACAGGCACUCUGCAAGCAAAGAGAUCCUACAGUGAAAGCUGCAACUUCAAGGAGGUCUUCCUAGAAAACUACUUCAAUGCGUACUCCUCCGCCAAAUGGACAAAGCCAAAUGGGAAGGAGAUGUUCAUUGCUCUGUCUCAGAAGGGCAGGCCUCUGAGGGGCAGGAAGACCAGGAAGGAGAACAUCUCCUGUCACUUCAUCCCUUUGAAAUGCAGGGAGGAAGAGAAGAGGACAGAGUGACUCUACAGGGUGGACAAGGGGAGGCUGGAAGGAUGGCAGAAUGGGAGAGAGGAUGAUGAAGGGAAUCUGUAAGAGUGAAAUGAGAAAGAUAAUCUGCAGGUUGUAGAGAAAGGAUGCAGUGACCCUAGACUGGUGACCUCACUUUGGGAUCUGGAAUCUUUGGGAGAGGUAAUUAUAGGGUGUCGCAUUUGCGAUGCAUUGUCAGGAAUAUUCAGUUAUUUAACAAUAUUGUCGGUAGUAAACAGUUAUUUGACAUACACUGUGGGUCACACAGUUGGGUCUUUCCCAUUUUACUGUAGCUACUGUCCAUAAGCUACAGUUAAAUGAACUUCGGUCAGACGAGAAGUGGACGUACAGUGUGAAUUAAUCACAGUAAUGCAAAUCUUUGAGGAGCAUUUUUUUAAAGCACACUUGCUUUUUUCGUUUUUUUUUUUGUUUGUUUGGUUUUGUUAUAAGGUGAUAAUUUAUAGGCUUCUGUUAUUCUGCAUUAUGUGAGAGAAAUAAAAUAUGUAAACAUUUUCUAUCCUAUAGUAUUAAGAUAAGGCUUAUAGUACAGUGAAAUUUGCUAGAUGCUUGGAAUGCGGGAAGACAAUGACAAUGUAUUAUUAUUAUUAUCAUGGCUAUUUUCAUUACCAUUACAUUUCAACACACUUAAUGUAGAUUACUAGAUUAGCUUUAAAGUGCAAUUCAUUAAUCAGUGAAGAGGUCAUUAAGGACUGUUCAUUAAACAUUCACAAUAUGUACCAGAAGCAUUCAGUCAAGGUAUAAUCCAGCAAAUAGACAAAUUAUUCCACCACAGAAGACCAUAAGCCAGGAAAAUAUACCAUCAGCAAAGUCAGAGCAACACAGUGUGGUCUAAUAAAGUUAAAUGCAUGCUAUAUUGGGCUAUCAUGUACAUUUUAUCCGAGCUGUUUAAUCCCUUCAAUAUUUUUAUGGCUGCUAUGAAUAUGAAAUGAAAUGAAUAAACUUCUGAGUUUAACGAUGGAGGAGUUUGAAGCUGCUAACAAACUUUUGAGUUCUUAGGGAACAGAGGUAUUUGUAAUAGGUUUGUCGUGUUUUUAUACUCUGAAUAUUCUACUUUGGUGACAUGCAUUAUAUCUGCAGUAUCCCUUCAAAUAUAUUCUGAAAUGGUAUUUCAGCUAUGCUAUUCACAUUUUUGCUACAACAUAUUCCUUUGUUAUUCUUAAUUUCUUCUUGUGACAUUCCACCUUUCAUUCAUCCCCAUUUCUUUUGUAAGUUUAAUCUUUUAUCUUAUCACAUAUCAGGCCCUCCCCUGAUUAUCUAUUCAGCAAAACAGCACACGCAUUGGCGUGCUGGCCUGUUCAUUUUCAGCGUGUAAAAAAUAAAACCCGUGGUAUUGCACAUCUCGCACCUCUCCUCUGAUGCCUCCACUCUGCUUCAGUCCUGCACUCCUCCACUGUGUGUGGUCCUGUUUAUCUGCUUAUCCUCGUUGUUGUUUAUUAUUUAUGUUAUUUAUAUAAAAAUUCAAGUUGAGCCCUUUGUUUGAAAUGCGCUUUCCUUUGUCCCAUUGCGUCACAGCGGCUCUCUGGUAUCAUUUACAACCAGCAACUCCAAGCAAGACCAUCAACCAACAUGCUGUCACAGCAGUGCAAUAACUACAGAUGGACUUCGUCUGAAUAAAUUAUAGUCUCUGUAGCUGUCAUAUAGCCAUUACCAUUUCAACUCUCUUCCCUGUUGUGAAAUCUGAAAAAAACUUUCAACUUUUUUUCCACCAUUAACAGUGUG